UGACGGUAUAUUUUAUGGAUAAAUCACACUGAACCCGAGCCCCAAAAAAAAAACAAGAAAAUAAAUACAGAAAUUGGUUUUAGUGAGUUCUAACUGGGUUGUGGCGGGUCGCGUUGUUGAAAAACGUAUAAGAUCAAGGGCCCCCAGGGGUAGGGAGUAAAAGUAAUGGCCGGCGACAUGUCCAUUGGCUGUUCAGCUUUGAAAAGGUCGAGCAAACUAAAGUCCUGCACCAGUGGGGGCGACACGGACUCCAUGCACAUAGCAGCCAACGAUCGCAUGGACAAUGGCAGCGUAAAACAAGCCCCAGCACCGCCCCAGAACAUGCGAGGUGGCCUCCGGGUGUACAAGAUAGUCAUCCUUGGGGAUGGCGGUGUCGGAAAGUCGGCUGUUACCCUGCAGUUCGUGAGCCACAGCUUCUUGGACUACCACGACCCGACCAUUGAGGACUCGUACCAGCAACAGGCGGUCAUCGACAACGAGGCCGCCCUGCUCGAUAUACUCGAUACUGCCGGCCAGGUCGAGUUCACGGCCAUGCGGGACCAAUACAUGCGCUGUGGGGAAGGUUUCAUCAUCUGCUACUCAGUCACCGACCGCCACAGCUUCCAGGAGGCAUCGGAGUACCGAAAACUGAUUACCCGGGUGCGUUUGUCCGAAGAGAUACCGCUGGUGCUGAUUGCCAACAAGGUGGAUCUGGAAUCUCAGCGUCGCGUCACCACCGAGGAGGGCAAAAAUCUGGCGAAUCAGUUUGGCUGUCCGUUCUUUGAGACGUCCGCGGCACUACGCCACUACAUCGACGAGGCGUUCUACACGCUCGUCCGAGAGAUCCGUCGCAAGGAGCAGCAGAAGGGCACCGACAGCAGCUCGGAGAAAAUCCACACGCGCCACCGCAGCCGCUGGUGGCGCAUACGCUCCAUAUUCGCCUUGGUAUUCCGUCGUCGACGCAACUUGAACUAGACUGGGGGAUAAAGCUGGGUAGGAGCUUUAGCUGGAGGUGGAGCCAAAAGAGUGCGCGCGCGUUAACAAUUUCUUUAAAUCAGUGCAAUAUUAACCAAUGCGAGUAACAUUUUCUUUCUAUGUGUCGCUAUAUACACGGAUUGUAUAUAGCACAACCAAUCCGCAGAUCCUAUAUAUAUCUACGAUUAUUUGUAAUUGAUCGAAGUUUCCAAAGGCAGAGGCAAAACCACAAGAAUUUACCAAUCGAGAGAUAGAAGAAACUACAUAAUUAUUGUUAUGGCCACCGUGGAGAAGAAGAGGGUCGGUCGGUCAGUCGUUUAUUUAUUAUUUGUUACAAACUAUUUAACGUAUUUGUUGUUGGCCAGACAAGCAAAGAUAGGCGCAGCGAGCGGAGGUAGACGAUAGAAUAUAUCAAUAUGUUUAAGCACCGAUCCAAAAUGAUACAUAUUAACAAUGCACGUACAUAUGUUUUAUGUAGUCAAAAUAAAACAAAUAACGUUGAUUCCUAAGGCGAGGUGAGGUAGAAUAGAAGCAGGCGUGACAGAUUGGCUGGCAAUUGGCAAAAGCAGCAAAAAGUAGACAUGCAUUUAAAUUCAAGCUGAAGCAAUGAGCUUCAAUCUGAGGCUGAGAUCGGCCGAAGCAGAGCAACGCGAAACCAAAAUCAAUAAUCUUAUAACAAAUCGUGACACACCUGAGAGAUCUGAAUCCUAGCAAAGGACACACAAAGCACAACACAAGUGAGUGUGAAUGCCAAGCGUUACUGUCAGGGAAGUGAAUGGAUAUUGGCAGAGAAAGUAUUGAUGGUGGAUUUUUGAACUUAUGUAAUGCAUGUAUUACCCCAGCAGGACACGCGACACACACAAGCACACAUUUAACUAAUCGAAUAAAUGUUGAAUUUAAUGUAUACUAAUUCAUAUAUACAGAUAUAUAUAUAUAUAUAUAUAUAAAUCGAUCGAUCUACGAUAUAAGAAUGUAAAACGCGGGAACAUUUCAGAAUGUGUGUUUGACCUGGAGCUUUGUUCAAAUCCAAAUCCAAUCCAAAUUGAUAAUGAUAUAUAUAUAUAUAUAUAUAUAUAUAUAUACAUAUAUGAUAUACACCUAAAUAUACAGAGAGAUAAUGUAUGUAUGUAAUUUAAGCCCAAGACAGCCGAUUGCAUUUGUUGUUUAAGUUUGAGAAAUGUUUAUUGCUUAUAUGUUUAUUGUUAAGGACACGUGUUUACUUCUAAGUUUAUUUAUUAUUAGUUUAACACAUUUGUUAAUUACUUUUUACACACAAAACAACUCCACCACGCAACACAUCACGUUCUCUAAGCGUUCACCAUGAGUUCCUCUCAUACAUGUUAAUAUUAUUAACUAUCAUCACUACUACAGAAAACACUACACUACACAAACAACAGUUUUAAACGGCUUUAAUUACUCCAACAUUUGUUAUGAAACCCACUUAAGCAGUUGAACGUUGGAACUACUCCAUAACUACAUAUAUAUUGUUAUUACAAAUCCCCUCAUGAAACGAUUCGAUGACUAAUUUGUGUAAACCCGCCAACAAAAAAAAAAAAAAAACAAAA